AUGUCUCAACCCGACCAAGCCCGCCAGUUAAUUUCUCAAGCUGAAGAACAAGCUCGCCAAUUAAUUUCAGAAGCCGAAAAGAAGUUAUCUCCUAAAAGUUUUUUCCAGACCAUCUUCGGGUCCUACAAGAACCGCACAGAAGACGCAAUCGAGUGCUACCAGAAAGCAGGCAACUUGUACAGACUUUCCAAAAACUGGUUUCAAGCAAGUACGGCCUAUAAAUUGUCAGGUGAUCUAAAUUUGGAACACAACAACCGUUCGGAAGCCGCCAAUGAUUACGUUCAGGCGGCAAAAUGUCUCGAAAAAUUUGAUGUCAACAACGCCAUCAAGUUCCUGCUGAGCGCUAUAGAAAUCUACGUAGAUUUGGGUCGCUUUACGAUGGCGGCAAAGCUGCACAAUAAAAUAGCAGAACUGUACGAACAAGGUCUAGAACUGGAGGAAAGCGUGCAACAUUAUGAGCAGGCAGCUGAUUAUUACAGAGUUGAAGAUAAUUAUGUUUACUCGAAGAAAUGUUUGUUGAAAGUCGCCGACUAUGCGUCAUCGGAGUUCGGAAACUACAACAAAGCGAUCAAUAUUUAUCAAGAAAUCGCCUUUUAUGACUUGAAGACGCAGAUCUUACAGUACAACGCUAAAGAUAGUUUGUUUAAAGCUGUGUUGUGUCACUUGUGUAUUGAUCUGUUGAAUGCAAAACAUGCUCUGAAGACGUAUGUGGAGAAAUAUCCGAAUUUUGAGAUCAGUAGACAAUUUCAUCUUUUAAGAAGAAUCAUCGAGUCUAUUGAAGAUGCAGAUGAAGACGGCUUUAGCAAAGCUGUUAGAGAAUAUGAUGAUCUCUCUCGUUUGGACACCUGGCACACUAAAGUACUUUUGAAAAUCAGGGAUCAAAUAAAAGAACCAAAUUUGUUAUAA